UGCAUGUGGAGCCUCAGCAGUGCAUCCUCUCACCGACUGCAGCCAAAGAGCAGCGGUGGCAGCGCGCCUGCGCAGUGCAUCCAGGGGCUCGGCGGCGUUCGGUGCUGAAGUGGGGCGGAUGGCAGAAAAACAGCGGCGAUGGACAUUACACCGCGGGAUUCCCAUUUACGAUGUCGUUAAAUAAGCAUCUGGACAUCGCGUUUUCACAUAUAUCACCCCAGGACACUGACAGCCCAACAAAAAGGGAUGCUGUACUUUCACUGCUCCCAGCACUCUCAAGUCCUUAAAUGACCCUUUCACCAAGAUCCAAGGAAGCCUAGGAGCGACGGCGAGUGAAACAGCACGGAGCAAGUGAAAUAGGGAAACAAGGACAGGAAGGAGUUAAAUUUCACCUCAACUCUCGUGUCCCUCUCUGUGACCAUCAGUCAGGGAUGGUGAGAUCAGUAACCUCUCUUCCCCGUGGUAAAAAGAACGUCCUCGCGUUGCCCCGCGUCUCCAGCGAGCCAAACAGACGAUCAGACAGUCCACCAGUCAGUCACUCCGUCAACCAGCCUGCUAUUGUCCAGCAACCUAUUACCUCACGCCAUGACUGCUCUGUCUGACCUGUUUUUAGGAACUCACUAAUUCAUGCCCCGGAGUGUGAGUGGAGUGGAGAUGAGAAAAAGGCAGGCGGCACACAUCGAGGCCCCACCCCAGGCCCCUGGGCAGCCCCGACCCAACACCUGCUGCCUCUGCUGGUGCGGCUGCUGCAAGUGUCUCUGGAAUGAAGACAGGAUGGAGAGGAGUGAGCGACAGACCUGCACCAAGAUGGACAAUAUUGAAGCUGCAGAGGAACAACACCCCAGUCUAGAGGAGGUGCUGUCAUGGUCUCGGAGCUUUGAGCUGAUGCUGCGCUCGUUGGAGGGCCGGGAGAUCUUUCGGGAGUUCCUGCGAUCGGAGUACAGCGAGGACAACCUGCUUUUCUGGUUAGCCUGCGAGGAUCUGAAAAAGGAGACCGACUCCUCUGUGGUGGAUGAGAAAGCCAGGAUCAUAUACGAAGACUACGUGUCCAUAUUAUCACCCAAAGAGGUGAGUCUGGACUCGCGGGUCAGAGAAGGAAUAAAUCAGACCCUGGCAGAGCCCAGCAACCUGAUGUACGAGGAGGCCCAGUUCCAGAUCUACACCCUGAUGCACCGCGACUCCUUUCCCCGUUUCCUCAACUCCUCCGUUUACAGAGACCUCCUGGCCAACAGGAGGCGCGCCUGCCUCGACACCUAGACCCCUGUACCCCUCAUCGCCAUCGUACGCCAACGAGACUACUACUUAAACUUCAAAUACUACUAUGGUGCCAGAAGUCGGGUCAGAAAUCAGAAAUCUCUCCCUCUUUUUUGAUUGAAAAGACUGAAUGACGUAAAAGAUAGCUGGUUGUUUUUUUUGUUUUUUUUAUUUAUAUUUUUUAAGCAAUUUAUAUCCAGUUCUCCACUGGAGCCAGGUCGGCCUUUGCUGGUUGGUUAUUGGUCAGUUUAAGACCAUUAAUGCUGGCCAGUGAAUGUUUUGCUAGCAAUUUGUGCUGUUUGUUACGGUUGACUGGCCAACCCACAUGUCAGCUAUCAGUUGAAGUGGCCAACCCUGUGGCCAGCUGUUGGUUAACUAUGGACAAGGACUCCUCAGGCGGUGGGGACAGAAAUAGAGAGAGAGAGACAAAAAGGACAAGCCAACCGUUCCUGUACUGUAAUAUUUAGACCUCAUGCGUUCUACCCUCACUUUAAUAUUCUCUAUUCGCUCGUUUUCUUUCAUACUUAUUGAUUUUUUUAAAUUCUGUACCAUUCCUCAGACCUGUUUGAUUUUGUUUUGUUUUUAAUUUCUUUACUGUCCAGUCAUGACACCCAGUUGUGUUGGUGAGAGCUGGGGCGACUCUGCCCUUUUAACCAGUAGAAGCACUGGCUCUGCAUGUAACUCUCUCUCUCUCUACAGUAGCUUACGAUGUACGCCGUGGACUGCAACCGUUUUUGAAUAUUGAGAUGUAUUAAGACAAGGGACCUGUCUCUCUGUCUGGCUGUCUAUGUUCAGAGAAGGGAAAAAAGUACAUUUCUGCCAAUUUAAAGCUUACUGCAAUUUUUGUACUGAGGAAAUUUGAUGGCUUCUGCGGCAAAGGCAGCAGCAGCACCUACUCAUCCAUCCAUCCACCUGUCCAUCCAUCCGUCCAUCCCAUCCAAGCACUUUCCUUCUUUAGGAUUCUUUAACUGGGAGAAGUAAGGGCUAGAAUUGUGGUUGGGCAGCUACGUGUAUUAAUAUUACUCAUGAACUUUAAACAAAAAAAAUCUCUCCACUGAGAAAAUCACAAUGCCUUUACAUGUAAGAGAAGGCAGCACAAGAGCUGCUCAAGUUUUUUUGGAAAGCAACCACAGUCUGUCCAACAAAAUCCCUUCCUCCCACCGUUUCCCCCUUGUUCCCCUCCUCCCCUCUUCCUUCCAACUCAGACCAUUACAGCCUGACAAGCACAGGUGCCCGAUGUGGGGAGAAGAACACAGCUGGAGAAAAUAAAAACAAACCCACACCGACUCCAAAUAGUCACCUACAUUUUGAGCAGGAAACAAGGGUUAACUUAACAGCGUUAACCAAUGAAUUUAGUGUCAAGGAAAGCUGGUUCUGCUCGGAGAGCAUAAGCAGAUGCAGCAGGCACUGACAUAAUUGUGAGGAUUAUUGAGCCCUGGCUUUUGUCUGUGAGGCUUUAUCUUUAGACACUGUAGGUAACAUGACAGUCCUUGGACUUGGACGUCCCAUAGCACACUGAAAAUUUGUGACCCGGGUGCCAAACAUGAUGUCAAAGAAGCUGUGAAGAGAUAUUAGCUGUGACUUGUCACCAUGCUGUAGCGUAUCGGCCGUUACAGUGCGUGUCUGAUACUCCAGCGGAUGGAGCUGGAAGAGUGUGUGGUAGUCCUUCAGUUAGCUACUGCCAUUUCAAGACACUCGUUUUUCGCCAGAGUUAGUGAAGAGGCUUGGUAUAACAGUGCUAACAUGCUAUCGUACUGGGCUAGCGACGAUGUUUGCAUUAGUCAUGCUAUGAGCUAGCCCUUUUAAAUACGGCUAACUGGGUGUCAGCAUGCAGUAGGCAAGCAGUUAGCAUGCUUGUGCUAGCCCUGCUAAAUUCUCCAUCUUCACUGCCAGCCCUCACACACUCUGGUUUGUUUUUCUAAUCUGACGUUGACAGCAUGCGAUGAUAAUGGCUAUGUGUGUACAUGUAAGGUACAGUUACACACUUAACAGAAAAAUUUAGAAAAAAAAAUUGCCAAAUGUCCCACUAACAUUUUUAGUAUAUAAAAGGACAUUUUGUUUUUUUGAUGAUGUGAACAUUUGAACAUGAACUUUGUUCUUGGCCUGUGGAUGUGCAGUAGAAAGUGCAUGAAUGCAGUAUAUGCUUUUUUUUUUUUCUUUUUUCUUUUUUUUUAAAUUAACCGGGCCUUCAAGUAUAUUGAUUAUGUCACAUGAUGAAGAGCAGACCUUUUGGUUUGGUGGUACGUGCAGUCUUUAAGCGUCAGUGAAACAGUGCCACUCCUCACUGAUAAAUGUAGGCAUCCAUGUUGCCACCUCCUUUAACUACCUGAAGUUCAUGUGCCAAGUCUGGUCUAAAUUUAGAAGUAGACAGUUCUAGCUGACUGCUGAUGUGCAGUUGGUUGUAGUUUGUGAUUAUAGAUUGGAAGUUAUUUGAAGUUAAGUCCCACUAUGUUAGAUUGGUUCUGAAUUGUCCGGAGGUUAUCUUGUAAAUUACUAAUCAUGACACCUUUGAGGAUGCUCAAAGUGUUUAAUGCAUUUGCAGAUUGUAUUAGAGGAGCUGAAUCAGAAAACAGUUGCAGGUGCUCUGCAAGAAUAUGAAUGAGAAAGAGUCCAUGGAAACAUAGGAUUUUUGAGUUUUCAUACAGACUUGUUUUCACUCCUUAAAAAUGCCAACUGUGUGAAGCUGCCAGUUCAAAACCAAGCUAUCAUAUUACUCCAAAAGCUUUCCGUCGUGAAGUAUUGAUUAUAAAUCAGUAAAAUUGACAGUCAAGUAAGAUAAGUCGACUAAGGCAAGUUUAAACCAGUAAUCAGCAAACAGUUUUGUAAUGUUCCUUAUUGAAAAUCUACUAUAUUUAACCUUUAACCUGGCAAUACAGUACUCACUUGCAGACUACAUUAAUACCCAUAAGGACUUGAUUGAUAUUGCUUAGCUGCUUCAAUGAAGAGCUGUACAUGCAUGCGCUCAGUUGAUCAGAAGCAGAGGACGACACGCUAAUUAAUCGAUUCUGAUAUUGAAGAAUCAAUUUUCAUGCUUACUCCUUGGAGCAGUUUUCAUUUCCAGGAGCCAUAAGCAUUUCAGACGUUGCAUUUGGACAACUCUGUAACUUUUUGACUCAGCACAGGAACGCCUGUCGCUCACAAAGCUCUCUUGCAGACGGAUCCCUGUUCUGCACAGUACAGCUAUGAUUCUUUGUUGCUGAGUCUAUACAGUAAUUAACAUGAGAAUGUUUCAUCAAGAACCAGAUAAUGAAAUCAUGGUGCAAUUAAACCAAGUUUACAUUUAUAAAUUGUGAGAUGUGUUUUACCUUAUUCAAUACUCGUAACAGUGGGGAGCGAACUGUCCACAGUGUGAGCAGAGACGCCAGCAGGUUUAAGGCUGGCAGGAGACUCUGCCCUGUGCUAACUCCAUUAGCACUUCAUAGGGUUUACAGGGAGGACAGACACGACAGAAACCCAGGUAACAGUGUUUUUACAGGGAGGACAGACACGACAGAAACACAACUUUCUGCUUACGUCCUUUCCUCUUAAUUUAUUGUGACUUUUACACAGUGGGGAAAAGUACACGGUUGUUUAUUUUUAAUAACUGCAUUUCAAAUGUGGAUUUUACAAGCAAUGAUGAUGAUGAUGUGUGAUGUAGUGAUGUAGUCUCAUCGCUGAGUUUAGAUUUUUGUCUUUCAAUUUCCAUAGGUACCAAGCGAAUGGGAUUUGAAAGUGGCUGUGGUUUUAUUGACAGAAAUCAAGUUUGAGAGCUGAAGUGUCCAGAUAGGGUGGAGGAGGUUUGCGAAGCUCUGGCCUUACUGACACGUUUUAUUUUUCUCCUUUAUUAAAAAAACAAAACAAUAUAUAUAUAUUAUAUAUAUAUAUAUAAUAUAUAUAUAGAUAGAUAUUAUAUAUAUAUAAAAACAACAACAAACGUCUCUGUAGGCUUUUCACUACCUCUCAUGUUGGUUAAUUUAUUUCACAUCUAGUUGUCAAUGUACAAGUUGUUUUUAGAUCUACUUGAAGCCUAACACUGUAAACAAAAAUGUGCACAGAAAAAUGACUAUGUAUAUGACCGGAGGGGUUAAAGAGAGCUUGGCCUAGUCGACAUUAUUUUUGUUUGUAUGUAUGUUUGUUUUUAAUUGUGUUGAGCUGAACUAGAUUUUGCAUCUCUGUAAAGAAUUCAGGAAUCCACUGUCUAAGGGCUAAUCCCAUUUUUGCCUAUGCAAAUCUGUUACUGUGGGUGAGUUGGGAAAGAGCGACCUGCCGCACCUUUCACCUGUUUUAGAUGGACCAUGGUUUACAUUGCCCUUUGCUGAUACUCUUCAAUCUUAUUCAGCAAAAAUGUACGCUUAUUUUUGUUUUCAUAUAAAUAUUAUAUAUAUACAUAUAUAAAACAAGUAAUAUACAGAGAAAAUAGUAUAUGCCUUCGUGAUGAUAAAAAAGAAACCUUGCUGAAAACAAAUAAAUGUGUUGUUGUCUGA